ACGCAGGGGGGAAUGAGAUUAGUGUAAAGUACAGCGUCCAUUCUAUUCGGAAGCCUUUUGACACAGAUAUGGAGCUAAAACCAUUGAAGGAAGAACCAGGAAGCUCGCCUUUGAGUUCCGGAUUUAAAGAAAGCGGUCCGACAAAAGAUAACUCCAGCAUCGUUAACAAGCGUACGAUCAUUAUCUGCGGUAUUCUAAUAUUUGUGUUACUGAUUUUGGUAAUCGUUUUGGGAGCUUUACUCGGGGCCGAAAGACAGAGAAAUAAAGAUACAGGCAAGACAACUCCCUUUGUUCCCCAGGGGGAGACUCAUGGUCCAACAACAGCCGGCACUGAGGUGUGGUGGAAUGUUCGUCUUCCUGACUACAUAACUCCCAUACAUUAUGACGUUGAGCUGCACAUUGACCUGAAGAAACUGGAGUUUUAUGGAGAUGUGGACAUCCAUUUGAAAGUUUCAAAACCGACUAAAGUUAUUCUUGUUCAUGUAAACUUGAUGAAUGUUACCUCUGCCUCAGUAGUUGAAUUUUCAAAUGAAGAAUUACUUGAAAUACAGGACAAGUUCAAGUUCGACAAAAACCAGUUCUAUGUUCUUAUAAUGAAGUCACAUUUAAAGGAAGGUGAAUACAAAGUCAAGAUGAAGUUUAAGGCGUGGCUGAGGAAUGACCUCGCUGGAUUGUACAAGAGUACCUACAAAAGAAGGGAUGGAACAGAAGUGACAAUUGCAGCAACACAAUUUCAGCCGACAGAUGCACGAAGGGCAUUUCCUUGUCUUGAUGAACCUGCCCUUAAAGCUACCUUCGCAGUGACUCUGGUUCAUCAUCCAAUGUAUAUAUCCAUAUCUAACAUGCCAAUCAACAAAACAGUCAAGAAGGAAGGUUGGCAGUUUGAUCACUUCCAGAAAACCCCGAAAAUGCCAACUUACUUACUUGCAUUUGUAGUGUGCGACUUUUCAGGAAAGACUGUGACUUCCAAACGUGGCACAAAUAUGACAUUUUAUGCUCCACCAGAUCAAAUUGAUCAAGUAGACUAUGCUAAAGAUGUUGGCGUCAGAAUGUUGAAUUACAUGGAAGAGUACUUCGGUAUUGAUUAUCCCCUGCCUAAAGCUGACAUGAUUGCCAUUCCUGACUUUGCCGCCGGUGCUAUGGAGAACUGGGGACUUAUAACAUAUCGAGAGACAGCACUGUUGUAUAAGCCGGGUGCUUCAUCAGAGUCGAACAAAAUGCGAGUAGCUUCAGUGGUGUCCCAUGAACUUGCUCAUCAGUGGUUUGGUAAUUUGGUCACUAUGGAAUGGUGGGAUGAUCUGUGGCUCAACGAAGGCUUUGCUAGCUUUGUGGAGUAUUACGGUGUCAAUGCAACAGAGCCUGACUGGAAAGUGUUGGAUCAGUUUGUGGUAGCAGAUUUGGUUUAUGCAUUUUCACUGGACGGCCUAGCAAAUUCCCAUCCGAUCAAAGUGCCAGUAUAUCAUCCUGACGAAAUCAAUGAGAUAUUUGACUCCAUUUCAUAUAAUAAGGGUGCAUCAAUCAUUCGCAUGCUUCAGUAUUUCCUUGGACGCGAUGUAUUUUUGAAGGGCUUAACAAACUAUCUGAACAAGUAUAAGUAUGGGAAUGCUGUGACAGAUGAUUUGUGGAAAGCUCUUGCAGAGGAAAGUUGUGCUCAGGGAAAAUGUGUAAGCGUCAAACAAAUGAUGGAUACCUGGACUCUUCAAAUGGGCUAUCCAGUGCUGAGCAUCACAUCAAAAUCAAAUACUGUACAGAGAGUUUCACAGGAAAGGUUCCUCUAUGACCGAAGUUCCAAUAUUACCUCAAAAUACUCAAGCCCAUUCAACUAUACGUGGGUUGUACCAUUUACAUACAACACAAAAAACUCCGCUGUUACUGUGUCCAAGCCUCUAAAUAUGACUUCAGUGGAAAUUACUUGGGAUGGGAUUGGUUGGAUCAAAGGCAAUGUGGGUCAAACAGGAUUUUACAGAGUCAACUACGAACAAGCGCAGUGGAGUGCACUAACAAAUCAAAUGGAUACCGAUUACACAAAAUUUGACGUAAAGGAUCGUGCAGGACUGAUGGAUGAUGCGUUUAAUUUAGCCAGGGGGGGUUAUAUCAAGUACACUAUUCCGCUAGACGUCACCAAAUACCUGGCAGAUGAAGAUGAAUAUGUACCGUGGAAAGCAGCCAGCCAUAAUCUUGGCUUUAUAUCAAGUAUUGUGCCACAAUCAAGCUCUGCCUAUAAGUACCUAGAGAAAUAUCUCCAGCAUCAGGUCAUGAAGCAAUACCAGAAGCUUGGCUUUUCAGACACCGGAGAUCACCUUGAAAAGUACAAAAGAAGUAUAGCACUCAAUAUAAUGUGCGGCGCUGGAGAACCCUCGUGCCUCAAGAAUGCAUCAGAUUACUUUAAAAAAUGGAAAGAGGAUCCCAUCAGUAAUCCCGUUCCGGCCAAUUUUCGUUCACUGGUUUACUUUUAUGGUAUAAAAAACGGUGGGGUAGAGGAAUGGGACUUUGCUUUUAAACAGUUUCAAAAGACAACUGUGGCGAGUGAGAGAAGAAAGAUCUUGUAUGGUUUGGCUGGUGCUAGUGAGCCCUGGAUUUUGAGCAGGUACUUGCAAUACUCGAUCACUCCAGACAAGAUUAAGUCACAAGACACUUCCAGAGUUUUAUCAUAUGUGGCUAACUACAACCCUAAUGGACGGCAGUUAACUUGGCAGUUUCUCAAACUGAACUGGGCCAUGAUUAAGGAGAAGUUUGGUGGUGGUUUCUUUUCCAUAACGAGUAUAAUCCUCAGUGUGACAUCAGGAUUUUCCACGGAGUAUGAACUCGAAGACCUAAAGAAGUUCAACCAGAUGCACUCUGCUGGGUCAGGAACGCGAGCACAACAACAGGCUGAAGAGGGUGUCAUGGCAAACAUUCAGUGGCGCAAAGAAAAUGAACAGGAUGUGGCGAAAUGGCUUAAAGAUUUUCUUGUAAACAAAAACAUAACACUCAACUAGAGGGCGCUUUUUUUUCUUUGGAGUAUUUUCAUUACAAUAUUUUAGGGUAACAUUUUAGUGGUUAUCAGUUCGUUACAUCAUUGAUAUUUCAGUGGUGUUGGUGCUUCUUUAGAAAAUAGUUCAGUGACACGAAUAACAGCUGGUUAUAGCCUAAGAAGAGAACCGACUUAAGAAUUGCACAGCACCUUUUACAACCGUUGUCUUAACGACCAAUUCC